AUGGACACCGCAGGCACUAUGGAAACGGUCAAGCCCCCGGCCAUCCAAGUGGUGGAAGAGCAAAAACCUGAUCCAGAUCGCGCCAUUCUCGAAUCGCUUCGUCCCACGUUAUACGCCUGCUCCUCGGUCCAGCGAAUACAUGGGGGAUUGUUGAAUACGACAUACCGAGGGUCACUGAUCAAACCACUGCAGAAUGGGAUGCGCACGGUAAUCAUCAAGCACAGCGAAGAGAAGGAUCUUAAUUUUCCGCAGUUCACAUUAUCCCUGACUCGAUGCCUUGCCGAACAGGCCGUUCUCAGGGGAGUGGGAGGUACCCCAUCUCACCAAGUGCAGCAUAAACAGAUCUCGAUCCAGGUUCCCCAACUCUAUCAAUAUCUUCCUGACCAGCAUACUCAAAUAUUCGAAGAUUUUUCCCAAAAUGGCACACUGCAUGACUUCCUGACAUCGGCUGCUACUCGAGAGCGCAUCACUGUAUCGACCGCCGUGGCCCUGGGCGAGGCCCUGGGGAGCUGGCUGUCCCGCUUCCACGCCUGGUCGAAGACCCCGGUGGAUGCGGAUUUGUGGAACAUUGUUGAACAAAACAGCAAUGGUUUCGACAGAAACCUAAGAGACUUCCGGUUUCAUAAGCUCCUCGCGAUCCAAAGGCAGUGCGAGUCGGAGCAUCUGACACACUACGCGGCGCUGAUGCACGCACGAGAGUUUGGACGGAAGGACACAGUCCUUCAUGGUGACUUUUCAACCAGGAACAUCCUGAUUCAAAACCCGUCGGCCAUCGACGAGGAGAAAGACGCAUCCCUGGCAGUCAUCGACUGGGAAGCAUGCUGCUUGGGAGACUACACACGAGACCUGGCCGAAAUGGUGGCUGACCUGUAUAUGCAGAAAAUUUUAUAUGGCUCCAAGGUUGCACUGUCGAUGAUCCAGGGCUUGAUCGGUACCUAUCCCCCGCUUGACGAGGAAGCGGCCCAUCGGACCGUGGCGCAAAUUGGAGAGAACUUCUUUUACUGGAACGUAUAUGCACCUACCUGUACGGACGAGCAGGAAUCGGAAUUGGUGCAGCUCGGCAUCGACCUGAUUGAGAAGGGUGUAAGAAGAGACCGCGAGGGGAUCAAAACAACAUUCUUUGCAUGUAUUUUCCGGUCGUCUUAG